AGGAAAGAUCGGCGUCACGGGGAAGGGCGGCGCCCGCAGGUAUCCUCAUCAUCAUCAAACUGCACAAACAGCUGCAGACAGAAGCAGCAGUGUUCCCAGCGUUCCCAGAGUCCAGGAGCCGGACACACUCCUCCCUGUCCUCAGCCUCACGGACCGGCCGAGCGGGAAGCAGCGCAAACAUCCGCCACGUUUGGAAACAUCGAAACAGGGAAGUUGGAGCUUCGCUUCGCGCUGCUGUAGGAAGUAUGUUCAGCUGGGUCAAACAGGAGCACGGUGGCCGCAACAAGGAAGGAGAGAUGUACCAGACCGUCACCGAGGGGCUGCAGACCCUCUACACCAAGAAGCUGCUGCCGCUGGAGGAGACGUACCUCUUCCAUGAUUUCCACUCUCCGGCCCUGGAGGGCGCAGACUUCCAGAGCAAACCCAUGGUCCUGCUGGUGGGCCAGUACUCCACUGGGAAGACCACCUUCAUCAGGUAUCUGUUGGAGCAGGAUUUUCCUGGGAUGCGGAUCGGUCCAGAACCGACCACCGACGGCUUCAUUGCAGUGAUGUACGGUGAAAAUGAGGGUGUCGUCCCCGGUAACGCUCUGGUGGUGGACCCCAAGAAACCCUUCAGGAAACUCAACGCGUUUGGAAACUCCUUCCUCAACAGGUUCAUCUGCUCUCAGAUGCCCAAUCAGGUUCUUCAGAGCAUCAGCAUCAUCGACACUCCUGGUAUCCUGUCUGGAGAGAAACAAAGAAUCAGCAGAGGCUAUGACUUUGCGGAAGUCCUGCGCUGGUUCGGGGAGCGGGUGGACCGGAUCAUCCUCCUGUUCGAUGCCCACAAACUGGACAUCUCUGAUGAGUUCUCUGAGGCCAUCAAAGCCUUCAAGGGACAAGACGACAAGAUCCGAGUCGUCCUGAACAAGGCUGACCAGGUGGACACCCAGCAGCUGAUGCGGGUUUAUGGCGCCCUGAUGUGGUCACUGGGGAAGGUGAUCAAUACUCCAGAGGUGGCGAGAGUUUAUCUGGGCUCCUUCUGGGCAAAACCUCUGCAAAACACAGAGAACAGGCGUCUGUUCGAGGCCGAGUCCCAAGACCUCUUCCGGGACAUCCAGAGUCUCCCUCGGAAUGCCGCUCUGCGUAAACUCAACGACCUCAUUAAAAGAGCCAGGUUGGCCAAGGUGCAUGCUUACAUCAUCAGCUACCUGAAGAAGGAGAUGCCGUCGCUUUUUGGACGAGAGAAGAAGAAGGAAGAGCUGAUCAUGAGACUGCCAGAGAUCUACGUCAUCCUGCAGAGAGAGCACCACAUCAGCCCCGGAGACUUCCCCAACGUCACCAAGAUGCAGGAAAUGCUGCAGCACUGUGAUUUCAGUAAGUUCCCAUCUCUGAAGGUGAAACUGAUCGAGUCGGUGGACAAGAUGCUGGCCACGAAGAUCGCUGUUCUGAUGGCGAUGAUCCGGGAGGAGGAGUCCAAUCAACCCCCGGCCAUGGUGUCGGGCGGCGCCUUCGAGGGCUCCCAGGACGGGCCCUUCGGUCAGGGCUACGGCGAGGGCAUCAGCGCUGGGGCCGACACCGAGGACUGGAUCGUCAGCCGGGACAAGCACCGUUACGACGAGAUCUUCUACACGCUCAUGCCCAUCAACGGCAAGAUCACGGGCGUCAACGCCAAGAAGGAGAUGAUGAAUUCUCGGCUACCAAACACGGUGUUAGGAAAGAUCUGGAAACUGGCUGACUGCGACCGGGACGGCAUGCUGGAUGACGAGGAGUUCGCCCUCGCUCAGCACCUCAUCAAGGUCAAGCUGGAGGGCUACGAGCUGCCCACCGAGCUGCCCGCUCACCUCGUGCCUCCAGCCCACCGUAAAAACGAUACGGCGGACGCCCUGUACAACCACACCGAAGACUAGACGGACCCAGGACUGAAGAGGAAAACCUCGCUCAAGAUCAGAUUAAACCGACUAAGACACCACAGAAGAGAAGGGACUCAGUCUGGUGUCGUCUGGAAACGUUUAAACUCGUCUAAACUCUGUCCUGCCUUCACUUUUCUGUUCACGUUUGUAUGAACUUCCACAAACUGAAGAGCCGUUUUUAUCCUGAAGGUUUCACCGGCUUCUUUUACACAGAAAAUCAUCAUCAUCAUCAGUCAGAAAACUUGCCAAAGAAGACGGAUGUUUAUUUCCUUUGCUCCUCCUCCUGCUGUCCUAACCUCUGACAGAAAUUCACUUUAACCUGUAAUGAUGAUUAAAAGUCAGAUUUAGUGGAAGCUUAAUAAAACCAGCAACUUUCUUUGA